CCAUCGCCUGAUCUGUGACGUUGCAACAGGUGGCAAUUUCACCCUACAUAUGUUUUAGAACCAGCCUUUACGAACAGAGCGAAAGGCCAUCACCGAUUUCCUGAUGUUACAAACGGAUAAAGGUACUCCCCUGUGUAACUUAGAUGUCAGCCUACAGGACCAGCUACAUGCUGUGACACCUGGCCGCUUGCUCAGUGCCCUUUGAGGAGGCCACCGCUAUUCGUGAGUCGGCAGAGACUAUGGGAUAUGAACGAAGUCAUUCCUCUGUUGCACGUCCUGGAACAAAUGCUGUUAACAUGAAUGGCGCUGGUCAGGGUGGCGGUAGACGUGCGCACAGCCACCUACUCGCCACAUGACCCCCUGUGGGGGCAGGACAGGAAGAGAAGAGAGGAGGUAGAGGAGGACAUUGGUCUCAAGAAAUUUAUUGAGCUGAAAUGGGUGGUUUUUCCACUCAGCGGACACAGGAGUGGAGGCCAGCAGGAAGCAUCUGUUAGAGGAGGAGGAGGACAGAUGAUCCCCAAGUACCUCUGCACCGCAGGAGAUGGAGGAGAGCGCAACGGAGCCCUCGCAUUCCUUGGCGCACAAAUGGCCCAUAGCAUGCUCGUGAUUGCUUGCGUUAGCGACAGACCGAAUAAUAAACCAUCAGACAGAGGGAAUGACUUUUGGCUGUCCACCUUGUUGGACCCUCAGCUACCGUUCAAAAAAUGGUGGGCCUUUUUCACACCUGCUGAGAGGGAUGAGGAGAGCCAAAAUAACGUACUAUAAAAACCACCUAUGUAGUCAGAUUAUGGUCUCUGCCUUUCUGCCCAAUGGUCACUACCCUCACACACUGUGGGCCUGAUAGCUCUCGCGUUCCGCGGGUGCCAUUGCAGCAGGGAGGGGUGGGGUGGUGGAGGGCAGUGGCAGCUCCACCAGCAGCGGCUAGCCUCUGUCUGCAGUCGAUGAUGAGUAGCUUUUUCUUCACCAGCGGCAGUGAGAGAAACUACUAACCAGCGCGCACAGCAGCAG